UUGGAAGGAUAGAAGUGCCGAGGGAGUGAGUGAGCGAUGGGGUGUGUAAAUAGAAAAUAAAGAAUGAGACUAGCCAUGAGCUUUUAGACACGAAAAAAAAAGCCCAAAUCCAUAACCUAAAUCCAUUUACCACCCUCAAACUGACAAAAGGUAAACCCGAUCAAAUCACGUAUAAACAAAACCCUAAUAUCUCUUUCAGCGCCGAAACCAGAGACAGAGCUUAGUAACCAUGACAACCAGAUUCAAGAAGAACAGGAAGAAGCGCGGCCACGUCAGUGCCGGACACGGUCGUAUCGGAAAACACAGAAAGCAUCCUGGAGGUCGUGGUAACGCCGGAGGUAUGCAUCACCACCGUAUCCUCUUUGAUAAGUACCAUCCAGGUUACUUCGGUAAAGUUGGUAUGCGUUACUUCCACAAGCUUCGUAACAAAUUCUAUUCUCCAAUCGUGAACAUCGACAAGCUUUGGUCUCUUGUUCCGGAAGAUGUUAAGGAAAAAGCUGCCAAAUCGAAGAACACCGCACCUGUUCUUGAUGUUACUCAGCAUGGAUUUUUCAAGGUUCUUGGUAAGGGUGUUUUGCCGACUAAUCAGCCUCUUGUUGUUAAAGCUAAGUUGAUUUCUAAGAUUGCUGAGAAGAAGAUUAAGGAAGCUGGUGGUGCUGUUGUUCUUACUGCUUAGGUUUUUUCAAUUUUCAAGUUAUUUGUUUUUUCUAGAUUUGUACUUGAGAUUGAGAUUAUUAUGAUGGUUUUGUUUUGGUUUAAAUUUGGGAAACUAUAAAUUUCAGAUUAUAAUGAUAUUUUAGGCUUUUGGUACCUA